AUGAAAAAGACUCAUAAGAGAUAAUCUACAAUAUAUAGAUAAUCAAUUGCAAUGUCUGAGUUUUCACAGCAAUUAAUUGAGAAAAACGACGUAUUGGCUUAAGAAAUACAAAAAAUAGUAAAGAAACUAACUCCUUAAAGAAGAAUAGAGAAGGCUGAAAGACACAUUUAUGAUGCAUAUUAUUUGAGAGCUAUACGUAAUGAUAUUGAUUUAGUAAAUAAAUAAUACUUGAAACUAUUAUGGUAUUUAGAGAACAAUUAAUAUUGGGUUAAUGGUUUAUUUAUUUUAUCAAUCAUUUAUCAACUAAUGACAUUUUUUGAACCUUCAUUUCCUAAUGAAGAUAGUAAUGAAAAUCCAAAUUUAUUCGUUUUAGAGCUUAUUAUCUUAUUGUUUAUGGGUAUAGAUUCAUGUAUAACAAUUGUUUUACUAUUAACAAAGAAAGAAAAUAGAUUUUCUUUCAAUCCAAAGAGAUAAUUUAAAUUGGUUGCUUACUAUUUUUGUUUAGUUGAUUUUAUAUUACAUUCAUACGAACCAACAUUAGUUAGAGUCAGUAAAAUAUGUCGAACUAUGUUAAUGCCUAUGUAUUCAAAAGAUUUAAGAAGGAAUUUAAAAGGAAUUAUGAAAGCAGGUAAAGAUUUACUUCUUUUGAUUAUGUUAUAUCUAAUUAUAAUUUCACUCUUUUCCUUUAUUGGAAUUAAUUUUAUUGGAAGAUUGGAAAAUGUUGAUUAAAGAACUUAAGAUUAUGGAGAUUUUUUCAAAUUUUUUUCAAUGUUGUUUAUGGUGGCAACUCUUGAUUUCUAUCCUGAUAUCUUGAUUCCACCUAUGCUUUAAGGAAUCUAUUAUUGCUUAUUCUUUAUUACUUAUUUAUUACUAUUUAUUUUUUUAUUUGCUCCAAUACCAUUAGCAGUUGUCUAUGAAGGAUUUAGAAAACAUAGAAUGGAAAUUGCAAUAACUGAUAUAAUUAAAUAAAAGACUGCUAUGAUGGCAAGUUUUAUAUCUUUAGAUUUAGAAGAUUAAGGAUAUUUGACUAGAGAUUAAUUUAGAACUUUUAUUAAUUAUUUCUAUAAAAAUACUAUAAGUGAAUAAUAAAUCAAUUAACUAUUUAAUUAAAUUGAUUAAGAUUUUAAGUAAUUUAAUUAUAAAAAUUUAGCGAUAAGGUUUAAUUUGAUGAAUUUCAUAAGUUUCUUCAUUUACUUUAAGAUGAGUCAGUAGUAUCUUUACCUUAAGCAAAACCUCUUCAUUGUUGGGAAUAAUUUAGAAAUUACUUUAUAUCUAAAGGUUUAUUAAAUUUUGUAGAAGGAAAUGUAAAUAUUAAUAAAUAAUAAGAUAUUUGGAGCAUUUAUGUUAAUUAUUACAAUUACUAAUUGUAUAUUGAUAGUUGUAGCAUUUUUUAUUGAAGAUUAAGAUAUUCUUGAUAUUUUUAAUAUCUUAGAUACUGUAUUCUUGGUUCUCUAUUCAUUAGAAUGUCUUAUUAAAAUUAUUGCCAUUGGAGUAAAACCUUAUUUCGAAGAUUCAUGGUAUAUUAUUAUUUUAAAUUAGGAAUAUUUUUGAUAUUACUUUGGUGAUUCUACAAAUCAUAUUUGAUUAUGUACUAUUUAAUAUUGUCUCAGGAAAUAUUGUUUAAUCUAUUAAAGCUAAUAGAUUAUUAAGAUUAGCAAAAAUUUAAAAAGUAUUCAGACUUUUUAGAGCAUUUAGAUCUCUAAAGAUUUUAAAUAUCUUAUUUGAAGGUUUAUAAUUUUUGGAUUUAGUGAGAACUUUAUUAUACAAAAUCAUUAUUUGUGUACCUUUAAUUUUAAGAUUAAUGUUACCAGUACAAAUGGUAUUCUUUAUAUAUUCUUGUAUUGGUAUGUAUUUAUAUGGUAAAGUCUAAAGAAAUGAAAAUAAUCCUUAUGCAAACUCUGAAUGUGAUAUCAAUAGUUUUGAAUAUUAAUGGGGAAAUUGUAAAUAUGCUGAUUUUUCUACUUUUGCAGGUUCAUAUUUAAUGAUGUUAUAAAUGUUUAUAGCAGCAGAAUGGAAUCAAAUUGUAUUUGAAUUAACAUAUGACACUGAUGAUAUGUUAUCAGCAAUGUUGUUUGUGGGUUCUUUUGAAUUUUUUUCAAUCUUUUUAUUAGCUCUAAUAGGAGGAUUAGUUUGGGAAGUCUUUGUAGUUGUAUCUUAAUCUUUGAAAUAAACUGAAGAUUAACUAUCACCUUAAGAAAAUAAUAUAGAUGAAAAAUAAUAAGUUAAUAAUUAAGCAGCUAAACAUGAUAAGAAAAAAAAACUAAUUUUAAAUGAUGAUAAUCCAGAUGAAAUCAAAUUUCAUCGUAAAUUUAAAAUUGAUAAAAUUAAUAAAACACAAACUAAAUUAAAUAAUAAUGUAUAAUAAGGUCUAGAAGAUGAUAUUGUAAAUGAUGAAAGACCUGAAUUUAAUAUUUCUUAACCUUGUUCAAGAACUUAUUUCCUUUAAUAUGGUGGUUCAGGUAGAAGAGUUGUACCAUUCUAAAAUUUCAAAGUUAAUUUUUAAAGAAAUGAUGUUAUUGAUCAUUAUUCAAAAAAUUUUGUUACCUUUGAAAUGUGGCUAUAAAAAAAAUAAUUAGAAGGUUUAGACAUAAAUAAAUUGGCAAUAGAUUAUAUGGUUCAUUUAAGGAGUGAAAUUAAAAAGGAUGAAAUUUUCUAAAAAAAGAAUUUUAAUAUCUCUAAUCAUCAUUUAUUAAUUUAGAAUGCAGUCUUAAAAGAUGCAUCUGAAGUCUAUAUCAAACAAUAAGAAGAUAAAUUUUUUAAAUCAUCUUUUGGUUAAAAAUUUGAAAGAAUUUAAGAACUUAAAUUUUAAAGCAAAUUUAAAAUUGAAAGUAAAAUCAUAUUUUCAUUAAUGGGAAUACUUAAAUUUCCAAAUCCAAAUCUUAAAUACUACUUCUAAAUCCUUAAUUUGAUAGAAAAUUACUUUACUUAUUAAUUACUCUCUGAUUAUUCUUUUUUUAAAUUAAUUCAUCAAGUUAAUAAUAAAUGGUAUACUAUCAGUAUUGAAGAUGGAUAAAUUGCCUUUACAAGAGUAGGUAAUGGUCCAUGGGAAUAUACAGAAUUAUUAUUUUAAGAUAGUAAUAUGAGAAUAUGUGAAAAUAUGUCAAGUCUUUUUGAAACUGGUAAUUAAGAAUGUAUAAGAGCAAAUGAAUAAUUUAAUAUGAGUGUAAGAUCAAUAGCAAAAAAAUAUGAAAUAAAUCUAUAAACAAUAGAUACAAACAAUUCAUGUGUAUUGUAUUAGAUAAAGAAUGAAAAAAUCAUUAAUAACGACAUACAAUCAUUUAAAUUUAAGAAAUGUAUUAUUCAAAUUUAACUAAAUUAGCAAAUGUUACUUCUGAUGACUAAUCACCUAACAAUCAAUAAUAUGUAUUUUCAGAUUCAUAGCCAUAAUCAAAUGGAUUUCUUAAAUUAAAUCAAUCUCCAAAAAUAGAAACAUGCAAUUUAGAUGAAUAAAAACAUGUUAGUCAAACAAUAUUAUUUGCCAUAGCUAAGACUACAGCAUAAGAAUAAAGAAUUAAAUAUUAAAAUAUUACAAUGCUCACUUAAUUCUUAUAAGAUUUAGGAAGAGUGAUUGAAAAUUAUAGUUCCACCUUCUUUAAAUAAAUCUUUAAUCUCUAUGAAUUGAGAAAUUAAGAUAAAAUAAAGAGCUUGCGUAAAUUAUGA